AGUAAGGCGGACGGGGAUCGCGACCAGCAGCACUUUUAAAGCAGAGAGUGUCGAGAGGAUCAUCUAAACUUGCGGUACUAGAGGGAAACAACAAUUAAAAUGCGGCUGUUGCUUGUUGCUGCGACGUCGUUUGCUUCAUGUGCGGUGGCGCAAAUGUUCCAGCCGGCAGCUCCAGUGCUCCCGGCUUGCGAGGGAAUCACGUGUGGCUCUAUCUCCUGCCCGGCCCCCUUCGAGUUUAAAUCCGCCCAAGACGCCGGAACCUGCUGCCCGGUCUGCUUUUCGGAAUCGGUAUGUGGUCCAUGUUUGUUGAACUUGAAACCACUGUAUAAAUGCUUUAAACCGUGAUGGCGUUCUUGCCCUAAUAGCGUGUUGAGGUUCGGAAUGCGCAUGGAGCAAGAGAAUCUCUGCGAUAAAACCCAACCCAAUUCUACAAUCUUUUUCAAAAAAAAAAAUUGUACUCGUUACCGAAAUAUUCAAAUUCAGGUCGUAAUCCCCGGCAAGACCCCGGAGCUCGCCAAGGGCGCCGAGACGCACCCGAAUGCCCCGUCCAGCUGCUUUGAUCCGGUCCCGAUUUUCUGCCCACCGCUCAGCUGCCCCAUGGGUACCAAGGAAACCUACGAGGAGGGGGACUGCUGCAAGAUGUGCAGCGUCGCCUAAAUGAUCGCUGAAGGUGGAAACAGUAGAUAGACGACAUCUCGAGGGAAAUCGACUGAGACAGUUGAUUUAGAUACUAGUGCGGCGGGUUCUUUAGUCUUCUUUUCACACGUCACUCACACGUUUCACCCUGAGCUUUUAGGAGUAAGUAUAUAUAAAGUAGAUGAGCCCUUAUUUGAACGUUUUUGUUUCAGUUUCUUUUCCAACUCGUGUAAUUCUAGUUCAAUCUCCCCUUCACUACAUGAAUCCCUGUGUCGCUUUUUCACUCGGUGACGAGAAUACUUUCUACAUGAAAACUAAAUGAAAGUAAUACUUGUUUUGUCAAUUCUAAAAAAACGUUCUUGCGGCGGAGUGCAAAUGUCCCUCUAGAAGGAGAAGAGCGUUGGAGCCAAUUGCUUGAGACUUUUGACGUAUGACACGAUGGCCAGACGACAGGAAUGGUCACAGAGUGGCGGUUUUGAGGCAGGGUGCUUGUAGUUCUUUUGGGGAGAAGCAAAUGUGGUGAGAGAUCUUUCCUAAACAUAGCGAAUUUUCCAAAGCAGGAAAGCAAUCAUACUGCCAAGCACCAGCGCGUGAUUUUGGCUGUUGAAUUGAGGACGCAAUUUAGAUAGUGUUCAGCCACGCGUUGAGGGAGG